CGAUGUCAUUGGUGGAGAGCGCCGUCAGUAAGAGGACCGAUUGGCCGAUCUCUCCAGCAUUUUUUGUUGCGACAAGACCUAGAGCCCCGAAAAUGUUUUGACAGCACCCUGCGUUGUGAUUCAGCGAAGUUCUUACGCCCGGAUCUUGCGUGAGAGCCAUUGCCGCUCGCUAAGAUAAGUGCAAAACAAUGCGUAAGAGUUUAGAGGAGGGAUCAGUGCGGAACCGUAGUUGGGGGAGAAACAGACACUGAAGUGGCAUUUCAGAAAAUGCACAUAUGCUAAAUAUUUAAAAGCAAGUGUCCUUUUUUUUUUUUUUUUUUUUACUUUAGUGGAUUACAGCCAUUGUUUUUGUAUGAGCCGAUUUGUUUGCUGCGUCUGGGAUUAAGUCGUACAGCAUUUGGAUCCAGUGUUAGAAAUCACAGGCCAGGCAGCUUGUUCAAUGUCUUUCCUGCGGGAGAGCUUACAUGUAAAGAGUCAAGGGUCAUUGCGGCGUGCUGGGACUCCUAAUCCAGGGCUUACCUUAUGAUUUGCUGUGAGGCCAUGGCUGCGGUUAACAUCACCAGUGAUAUCCUGCACAGGCAGAUCAAGGAGAAAGGUAUGCUGAGGUUCCAGAGACACUACCAUGUGACGGACCCUUUCAUCAAACGGUUAGGACUGGAAGCAGAGCUACAGGGUCACACUGGCUGUGUGAACUGCCUGGAGUGGAAUGAGAAGGGAGACUUGCUGGCGUCCGGCUCCGAUGACCAGCAUGCUAUCGUUUGGGAUCCCUUUCACCACAAGAAACUGAUAACUAUGCACACAGGCCAUUCUGCAAACAUUUUCUCAGUAAAGUUCCUGCCUCACUCAGGAGACCGUAUCCUCAUCACCGGAGCGGCAGACUCCAAGGUGCACGUCCACGACCUCACAGUGAAGGAGACCGUUCACAUGUUUGCUGAUCACACCAAUCGGGUGAAGAGAAUCGCCACGGCGCCCAUGUGGCCGAACACCUUCUGGAGCGCGGCAGAAGACGGAAUCAUCAGGCAGUAUGACCUCAGAGAGAGCAGCAAGCGCUCCGAGGUGCUGAUCGACCUCACAGAGUACUGUGGUCAGCUGGUGGAAGCCAAGUGCCUGGCCGUCAACCCCCAGGAUAACAACUACUUGGCCGUGGGGGCCAACGGACCCUUCGUACGGCUCUACGACAUCCGCAUGAUUCACAAUCACAGGAAAUCAAUGAGUCCGGGUACGUCAGCUGGCGUCCACACAUUCUGCGACCGCGAGAAACCGAUUCCUGAUGGAGCCGUGCAGUACUAUGUAGCAGGUCAUCUUCCAGUCAAACUGCACGACUACAAUAACCGGCUGAGGGUGUUAGUCGCUACAUACGUGACGUUCAGCCCCGACGGGACAGAGCUGCUGGUUAAUAUGGGAGGGGAGCAGGUCUAUUUGUUUGACCUGACGUUUAAACAGAGGCCGUACACGUUUCUGUUGCCAAAAAAGUGUCAUUCUUCUGGAGAAGUCGAAAAUGGUAAAACAUCAACCAACGGUGUUUCGAAUGGAAUUCAUCUGCAAAGCAGCAAGUUCAGACUGGCUGAGGGCAAACCCCAUAACAGUGUGCAGGGGGAGCUGCCUCCCCACCUGGAGAAGAUCAAGCAGCAGGCGAACGACGCAUUCGCUCGGCAGCAGUGGACGCAAGCCAUCCAGCUGUACAGCCGGGGGAUCCAGGAGAUUUCCAAGAACGCCAUGCUGUACGGAAACCGGGCCGCUGCCUACAUGAAGCGCAAAUGGGAUGGGGAUCACUAUGACGCCCUGCGCGACUGUUUGAAGGCCAUCCUCUUGAACCCCGCCCACCUGAAGGCUCACUUCCGGCUGGCGCGCUGCCUCUUCGAGCUCAAGUACGUGUCCGAGGCUCUGGAGUGCCUGGAUGACUUCAAGGGCAAGUUCCCGGAGCAGGCUCACAGCAGCGCCUGCGACGCUCUGGACAAGGACAUCAAAGCGGCGCUCUUCUCCAAGACCAGCAGCUCUGAAGACAAGAAGAGCGGGGGUGCGAUCCGCUUCCGCGCGAUUGGCCGGAAGGAUUCAAUAUCGGAAGACGAGGCGGUGCUGAGAGAGAGGAGCUACGACUACAAGCACAGAUACUGCGGGCACUGCAACACCACCACCGACAUCAAAGAGGCCAACUUCUUCGGCAGCAAGGGACAGUACAUUGUGAGUGGCUCGGAUGACGGCUCCUUCUUUAUCUGGGAGAAAGAGACAAGCAAUCUGGUUCGAAUCCUCCAGGGCGACGAGUCCAUUGUGAACUGCCUGCAGCCCCACCCGAGCUACUGUUUCCUGGCAACCAGCGGAAUCGACCCUGUGGUUCGGCUCUGGAACCCCAGGCCCGAGAGUGAAGACUCGAACCGCCGUGUGGUGGAGGACAUGGAGGGGGCAGCUCAAGCCAACCAGCGGAGGAUGAACGCGGACCCCCUGGAGAUGAUGCUGCUCAACAUGGGCUACCACAUCACAGGACUGAGCAACGGGGGGCCGGAUGGCUCCGAUGAAGACGAGGGCUCUGAAGGGCAGGUCCAGUGCCGGCCCAGCUAAAGAAGACUGUCUGUUCUACACUAUGCACACAUGUAGAGAAAGGGUGACGUACACAGUCCUCUGCUAGCUUGGUUCAAGGACAUCAACCCUGUGUACAGUGCAGACAGGGGCACACAUGGAUCUUGCUCUCUUUUGUAUGGUUUACUGCUGUACGCUCGGCUCACAGUUUGGCUCCUGCUUCUGUCUUGUUUCUUUUGUAAGCUUCCACGAUGCAGGAGGGGGUGACUUUGCACCUUUAGUAAGACUGGGCUCUGCCUCAAAGUCCUGUGAGUUUCUGACUUGCUUGCCUGGGCUGGUGAUAGCAGAAACGUCUUAGCCAUGUCCGCUUCAGAGUACCUUGCUGUUUUUCAUUCAUUUUGCUGUAUUUUUGGUAGGGUUAUGAGUUCUGCACUUAUUUACAAAAAAGUAGCUUUGUGGAAGUUUGCAAAGGGGGUGGCAGUUAAAUUUGAGCUGUUUUAAGGUUUACAAAUCAAGGUUAAGGACUUUAAAACAACAAACGUUCACAUAGACACCUGCUUGAAUGCACACACACACCAACACACACACACACACCAGGUGCAUUCCAAGUAAGAAGGAUUACACAUUGGAAAGUGAGUCUUUUGUAAAAAUUGCAGCUGAGGAAAUGAAUUCCUUCUGCAGUACAGUCUCAACGUGACCCCUCUCAAAUCCUUUCAAAUGCAGUGAGCAGAUUGAGAGUUCCAGCCCUCCAUACUAGAGUUACUGUGCACAGAGUUGAGGCUUGUGGAGUUAAUCCCAUAUUAUCUUGUUUUAUUGUGUUCUUUUUUGGAGUUCGACUCAAGCUGCAGUGGGGGGUUAAAAUAGGAAUUAAAAAAGGCUUAUCUUUAAAUCAAUACAUAUCUAAGGUAACGCUUCGGGCAACGCGGCUUGCUGUAAUGAAGGCUAGGCUGUAUGCUGUGAUGGUUGCACUGUAGUGAUUAGUUCAGUUAUGCUGCAGUUAAGUUAGUUAUUAUUGUGGCAUAACUCAGUACUUCCUAAUUACUGCUAUGUAAGUUAUAUUGAUUAUAAAUCCUGCAUCUUUGUGUUAUGGGCCCUAUUCGCUUUCUUGUUUAAAGAUUGUUCUGUUUUUAUUUCUUAAGUUUUAUAUUCGGUCGUUCUGUUAAAGCUAGACCUUUCGAGACCUUGAGAAAGACUAGAUGCAACAUUUCUCAUUGAAUUUCUGAAGUUGCUCUUAUUAUUUUCAGUGUUUCACAGUUCUGGUUGAUUUAAUGAACCCCUGAGUGAAAGCUUUGUGAAUUAUGUGCAGUUCCUGCUGAACGGCUGCAGGCUUGUGUGUGAGAAGCUGCCCAGUAUAGGAGGCUGGCCUUGUCAUGACAAUUCUUAAAUAACACAACAAUGGAACAUCUGGUACAAUACCGGGUUAUAGAAACCUGUCUGUCCCAUUGCAAGUAAAUGCUGGCUUCUUCCAACGCUGCACCAGCACAGUGAAUGGAAAUGCACGGCAGCUGGAUUUACACUUCUUUUAUUGGCUAGAACCCCUUUAUAAUAAAACUGCGUUUGGUGGAUAUUUGGUAUGUUAAGGUUUUGUGACAAUAGCCAGGGUGUACAGUCUUUAAGCACAGUUACCCCUGUUUAAAAUGGCCCGUGACGUUUGAAUGCAGAGAUGGUAGAUCCUGUGUAGAGGGGACUGUGACCGGUCAGGGAGUAUAGUAGUUAUUCUGAGAAUGAACACGGCAUUCGUUCAAGUAGCAUCUAGCACUAUCAUCAGGAACGCUGCAAUUCACCCAGCUGGUGCAGAGGAAAGCAUGCAAGAUUGAUUUCAAAAUGAGAAAAUUGCACAGAACUCCAAAAACUAAUACGGUGACUGUUUGAACAAAUAAACAGUGACACUUUCUAAAACGGCAUCAAAAAGUGAUGGCAACUUUACACUGAAGCAAAAGCUUAGCGAGUCUGUUUUACCCACAGUAAGCUUGACAGGGCAUGUAACUGCAGCAGGUCUUUCACUUGCAAUGUGUUUUAUUGUGGCAUACCCAGCAUGGGGGGGCUAAUACGAAUCCACUGGUACACGGUAUAGUAAUGGUGUAGGUAUUGGUUCAUGUUAACGUCCACCAUGCAUUUAAUAAGGUGGGAGGCUUUGACACAGCAUUGAAUUGCAGGUGACACGGCAUACUUAAAAAGCAGGUAGCUACAAAUGAAUAUUUUAUCGUUCCAUAUUGAUAAUGUUUGCAGUCGUUCUGAAAGAUUCUUGUUGGAAAUACUAAUUUUUCUUUAACAGUAAUUUCAGGAGUUGCUCUUCAGUUACCCCGUUGCCUGCCAUAGACAUUUUAAUGCAGGCUAGAUCAGGUGUCUUUAUGUAAGUAAGCAGCAGCGCCGUCUAGUGCACGGCAGUGUAUUGCCAGACAAAUAAAAGGAAACUUUGCAGAUUGGCAGAUCACUAGAUGGCGCUGUUUCCUACUUCUAAGAACGCAUUGGCUAGACCGGAAAAGCAGCUCCAAAGAAAUACAGUGCAUACAAAGUCUCAUAAAAAGAUAGGAGACGGAACAAAAUAAGAAACAUGACGCUAUUUAGUCUUUUAAUGUCUGAUAGUGGCAGAGAAUUCAGGUACUGGUGUGAUGCUAAUCCUUAAAUAAGCAACUUAAUUAACUGGCAAAAUAGCAAUUUGGUGUUUUGGUAUUAAUAUAAAAGGAGACUGCUGGUAAAUAUCAGCAUAGGCUGAAAAAGCAAGCAAGCUAACUGAUUGCUUUAUGGAGAUAGUUAACUGGCAUAUACAUUAUUUGUUUAUAUAAUUUAGCAUUGUUGUCCAUUGUAAUAAAACUAAUAGGUUUAAAAAAGCCCUGAUAUGUAUUAAUAAGGCUGAAGUGUGAAGAUGUGUUAUGAAAUGCACAGUUGACACUACGUUUUUAUUGAAGACACGGAUAUGGUAACAGUAAAAGUCUGUAUGAUUUUUAUUUAAGGUCAUUUGUAAUAAAGGUUUUCUUUUGAAGUUUG